GCGGUAGUUCCAGGGUCUGGGCGCGGCGUUGAUGCCGGAUCCUGACUGGCGCCUGCCGCGUUAGACCUACCCGGGCGGUGCCGGACCGACCGACGGAGGGAACCUCAACUCCUAGCCAGCCCCGGUGGUCAUGGCGGUGUUUCACGACGAGGUGGAGAUCGAGGACUUCCAGUAUGACGAGGACUCUGAAACUUAUUUCUACCCCUGCCCGUGUGGCGAUAACUUCUCCAUCACCAAAGAAGAUUUGGAGAAUGGGGAAGACGUGGCAACGUGUCCUAGCUGUUCCCUUAUUAUAAAAGUAAUUUAUGACAAAGAUCAGUUUAUGUGUGGAGAAACAGUCCCAGCUCCUUCAGCUAACAAAGAAUUAGUUAAAUGCUGAAGAAACUUUCAGAAUCCAAAUCCUGAAGAGUUGGCAAUGAGCCAGGAUGGAAAUAUCAAGUGCAAAGUUACUGGCUUCUUCACAGAGACAACUACUUUAUGGCUUUCUGUUAACUAGAAUGUCGAUCUUUUAAACAACUGCUGCGUUCAUCUUCAAGUAGAAAAGUGAGCUCAUGGCAUGUCAGACUUGGAUUUCAUACUUCCAACUUUGAACUAUAAGUUGGACGUAUACUUAAUGAUCCAUUUGGAUUUAAAGGAAGAUAAUUAUAAAACAGUGCUUCCUCUCAGUUUUUUCAUUUUUGUAGUUUCAUCCUAAUUCACUAAUUAUAACAGCAUUAUCUACCUCAAUCAUGAGAGCCUCAAAGUUAAAAGGAGGUUGUAUUUUUUGUUUAGAUAUUAAGAUUAUUAAAAUUAGCCCUUUCCUUGACAUUUGA